AGCGGGUUUAAUAGCGUCCUUCCCAAGUCGCAACCCUUCCCCCAAGCCAUUAGUCUCGGCCGAAGGGGCACCUUAUCGGCCAUGGCGAUGGUGGGCGGUGGCGCCGCUGGGGGCGGAUCCGGCGACGUCGAGGCCGGGUUCGCGAAGCUGCAGGGGGAGGACUUCGAGUACUACAUGCAGACCUACUCCAUCAUGCUGGGCCGCAACAGCAAGAAGUCGACGGUGGACGUGGACCUGUCCAGCCUCGGCGGCGGCAUGAACAUCUCCCGCCACCACGCCCGCAUCUUCUACGACUUCCCCCGCCGCCGAUUCGCCCUCGAGGUCAUCGGCAAGAACGGCUGCCUCGUCGAGGGCGUUCUCCACCUCCCCGGCAACCCUCCCGUCAAGCUUGACUCCCAGGACCUCCUCCAGAUCGGCGACAAGAAGUUCUACUUCCUCCUCCCCAUCCGAUCCAUGUACGCUACCGCCGCAGCGGCCCGCCAGAUGCAUCCCCCGAUCCCCGCGCCGCCACCGCCGCCGUCGGCGAUGCCGGUGCACCCCGUUAUUCCGCCCUUUGGACGGAAGGGGCGGCCGCGGCCGUCGGAUUUCCGGGACGGUUCCUACGACGACGAGGAGGAAGCGGAAGAGGAGGAUGCGGACGGAAUGGAGGAUGAUGGGGUCGCCCGCGCUGGAAUGAAGAAAGUAAGGAGGGGUUCCGGAGAGAUGGAAGGGUUUGGAGGGUACGGGGUCGGGGUCGGCAGUGCCAUCGCGGGGAAGGCGGGGCCUUCAGGUCAUCUGGAGAAGAAGUCUGAAGCAAGAUCAAGGGUUGAUAGAGAAGCAGAUAAUCAUCAACUUAUGCAGUUGGAAGAAAAGGAUGUUGUCUCAUCUGUAGCCACAGUUCUGUCUGAUCUUUGUGGACCUGGAGAGUGGAUGCCUAUGGCAAAACUUCAUUCAGAGCUUGUCGAGCAGUAUGGCAACGUCUGGCACCAUGGCAGAGUGAGGAGGUACCUUACAUCGGAGGAGUGGUCGCCCACUGAAACCAAAGGAAGACCGUGGUUUGGCCUCCUAACGCUGCUAAGAAAAUACCCAGAGCACUUUGUCAUCAACACAAGGUCAAAAGGCAGGGUGACAUCCGAGUUUGUCUCACUUGUGUCGUUGCUCUCAUAGCUUAUUAUUACUACCCCAGUGCAUAUCAUAUAUAAUCUCUAUAUAGAGUUCUCGAAAAGGCAAACUGUUGUGAUACUUAAACUAUGCUGUGCAUGUGCUGCAUUUUGUUUUAUUGUCAUCGUUGGUGUGCUUGAAACCUAGCUUUGUUGUAAACAUGCGUUCCGGCAGUGCGGCCCAUGAUAUGCUUCUUCUUUCUCCCAUGAACCAUGUGGUUCUUGGAGGUGUUUCUUAA